UAGAGUAUUUCAAAUUUCGAUUAAAAAUCUAAAUCAAUUGUUUUUUCUAUUCAGAAUCCGGGUUGCAUUUUUUUCCAAGUGAACGCUUUCUGAAGGCUUCUGGAUAAAUUAAUGAAAACGAUGUCAAGGCGAUUCGGUUCGCGCAUGACAAGCAAGCUUCUAUAAAAUCACAACAAAUUCAACAGUUCCAGGAAUUCAGACAGUCAGGCAGCUGCCAACACAGUGAAUUGUGCUUCAUUCUGUCAAAGGUGCUUCAUACCCAAUCACUGAACCUUCCAGCGCUGCGUGUUUGGAUUGCAGUGGACAAAGAUGGCUUCAUCAAAACUGCACAUUGCACUUGUGUUGCCGGGCUUGGUGAGUGCUGUACUCACAUUGGCGGAACUUUGUUUGCUCUGGAGUCCAUAGCAAGAAAAUUCGAAGAGGAUAAUCUAAUAUCGGUCACUGAUAUGAAAGCUUAUUGGAAAGUUCCUUCAUGUAAGCUCAAACUCCAGGUGCCAUGUGAAAAGAUUAAAUGGAACAAAAGUAGUCAGUCUGCACAGAAGGGCAAAAGACAAGUUCAACCUGCUUCAUGUGCCCAAGUGGUAGAGUUUUUGAAAUCUUUGAGGGACAAGGGAUGUGAGGUUUCAGCAAUGAGCAGUUUUGAAGCGCUAGUUCCGGAGCAAGACUUGUGUCUGAGUAUAGAAGAACGAGAAUUGAUUCCAAUGUACAUGGCCAACGUCUUCAAAAUUGAAUAUGAGGGGUUAGACAAAAGGGAAAUUGAAAAAAUUUCAGGGAUGCUUGUUUUCAGACUAACAACGGAACAAGUCAACUUCGCUGCUUCCAUUACCAAACAGCGGUCCAAAUGUCACUAUUGGCACAAACUGCGAAUUGGACGAAUAACUGCAUCCAUAUUUAAGCAGGCUGCUAGAACAAAUUUAAAAAAUGUGUCGAUGAGUCUUUUGAAGAGGAUCUGCUAUUUUCAAGACGAGAUUCAUUCAGCAGCCGUUAAAUAUGGUUGUCGCCACGAAUCUGAAGCUGUGAACUUCAUUUUGUUGGAGGAAAAAGAACAGCAUACUCAACUGACGAUUGAAACAUCUGGGAUCAUAAUUGACAAGGAAAAAUCCUACUAUGCUUGUUCCCCCGAUGGUAUUUGGAGAUGCGACUGCUGUGGAGAAAUGCCUGUUGAAGUCAAGUGUCCCUUCUGCCUCAAAGAUGGUGAUGUAGCAACUUUUUUAUCCUCAUCUAGCUGCCCCAUCAUUAAAGAGAACGGUGAAUGGAGGAUUUCAAAACAGCACCAAUAUUACUGGCAAAUACAAAUGCAAUGUGCAAUUUUGAAAUCUGAUUACUGCAUUUUUUGUAUAUAUUCCCCUUUUUUUAAGGUGAUAGUUAAAGUUCCUUUUGAUAAAUUGUUUUUUAAUAGUGAAGUCUUAAAAACAGACUUAUAUUUUAAAAAUAUUGUACUGCGUGAACUUUUAGCACGCUAUUAUUCCAACAGGACAAAUUUCCUAAAAAUGUGA